AUGGCCGUGGACUACGACCGCAGGACAGAUGGCAUCGCCGACCACGGAGCAGAGCCCCACCAGUUGAAUCAUGACCCCCAAAAGGUGUUCCGAUGUGAUGUCCCCGACUGUAGCCAGAGCUUCGUCCGCUUCGAUCUUCUCGAGCGACACAAAAAGCGCCAUGGCACAAAUUACGUUCCCAGGAACCGCACAAGCAGCUUCAGCACAUCGGCCAAGGUGUCGAGCCCCGAUGUAACGAUGAUGACUCCCGGGUCUUCAACCAGUACCAAUGGUCAGGGGCAACCAGCAUACCAGCCUGGCCCACCAAGGACUUCUUCCAUCCUCCUCUCCCCCGAGUCUAAUCCUGUUGGAAUACCACCAACUUCCCUCCUCAAUGGGCACGGGAACCCCGUGACUACCAGCACACCUUGGUCACAGCCCGUCGACCCUGUGAAUGUCAUCCGCCCCCGGAAUGGCGGCUAUGCACCCCAACCCACAAUGCACGACCAUACUCAAGCAUCGUUCGCGCCAUUUUCGACUAUGGAUAUGCCUACAGACCCCAAUGACUUCGCAAGAAACAACUUCGCCAUGUGGCUGUUCGAUUCUCAACGGAAUUUCGCGGACUUCAGCAUGAGCAACCUGCCAUUCUUUGAAGGAGGCUUGGAGUCACCAUUCAACAACCAGAUCACCUAUGAGAAUGAGUCUUUGACUAGUCGAUCCCAAAUGGAUCUCACACCUCCACGCCUAACCGACAUGCCCGACGACACGAUGCCUGAGUUUCGCCGCCAAGAGAUUCUGACAUGGGUUCGGAUGUUCCGCCAGAAGCAGAUGAAGACCGAUCCCUUGUAUGCGACGUUACUUCAUGAUUCAGGAGAUGAUAUUCCGGGCCUCAGCCCUGAAAUGCUUCGAGAGUGCUUACGGCACUUUUGGGAUCACGUUGCACCACGUUUACCGAUUGUCCACCAACCAACCUUCUCUCCAGCCAGCUGCUCUGUGUUCUUGCUGCUGGUCAUGAUUGCGCUCGGAGCGGCGUCAGUACAGGCCCAAAGCCCCAGCAUGGCUUUAAAAGAGCAUGGAGCCUUUGCCGAUCUGAUCAUCACCUGUGUCCGAUGGGAAAUUCUCACUGCCGAGGAUGCUUCACCCCCAGUUGACUUGUGGGUAGCCCAGGCGUUACUACUUCUCGAGUUUUAUGAGAAGUUGAUUUCGACUCGCAAACUUCAUGAACGAGCAAACAUAUAUCAUUCAGCAACUCUCACUUUACUCCGUCGUGGCAGCCCUCUUAUUGGGCGAUCAGGAAGUGAAUCACCACCAGAUGUGCCGGCUUCUGCAGAUCAAGGGGGGUUUGAUGGUAGAGCUUGGUGGAUACGAUGGGCUGAAACUGAAGCGAUGCACAGGGUCGUGUUUGCUGCUUUCAUGAUGGAUAUCGUGCAUGCUGCGAUGUUCCAACAUACAGCAGAUAUGGCACCCCAUGAGAUUCGUCUACCCUUACCGUGCGACGACAACCUCUGGUCUGCAUCUUCGCCAGAAGAGCUUCGGCAACUUGAGGCAAGUUUCCGCAUGUAUGGAGUUAAGCCUGUCACAUUCCUAGAUGGGCUGAAAAGAGCGAUUCAUGGUAAAGAAGUUCAGACGCAUCCAUUUGGGCGAAUGAUCAUCAUGUGUGGGCUACUCAGUGUUGGUUGGCAUCUAAACCACCGUGAAACACAUCUCAAAUGGCUCGAUAUGUCAUCGUCUUCUACUGAUACAAGGGAAAAAUGGUCCCAAAUGCUGCUACAGGCGUUCGACGGAUGGAAACGAAGCUUUGACGACGCCAUGGGCUCCAGCAGUUCUGGCUUCGGCGCAUCGACUCAACAACAUGGCUCCAAUGGCCUCAUCCAGAGCGCAGCAGUCUUAUAUCACCUCGCUCAUAUGAGUCUAUACGUCGACAUGAUCGACUGUCAGGUUUUUGCGGGUGCCAAGCGCCUUGUCGGACGAAAAAUUACGAUGCGUGAUCACAGCAACGUUGUGUCGCGAAUGAGAAUCUGGGCUGCGCAUGCUACAACCCGCCACGCUGUGCUCCAUGCUUUCAAGCUGCUCCACUCGGUUCUCAUAGAUCCUCGACAGAGAAGGUUGUCAGCGUAUCACAAUGGGACCGCCUCUUCUGCAUACGGUGCGCAAUACUCGUGCCGAACUGAUCCGGACCCCCACCGCCCUUGGAUCAUGUACUACGCGACAUUGACUAUUUGGUCCUACGUCAAGGCCAUCAGCUCUAGAUCUGCCUCGUCAUCCACGGUCCGCCCAUCGCACUCGCCUCAGUCUAGGCGGAGGGAAAAUCUUGCCGACUACCUAUCCAAGGUCGCGAACUUACAGGAGCUGGACUCCAGUACUGCAACGACGCUCGAAGACACAUUGCCAAUAUUGUUGGACACCGUUGGCGGCCUUGCUGCCAAGUCGCAUUAUGAACUUCUCCGAGAAGCGCAUGAUAGGCUAGAACGGUGCAAGGAGCUGCUAGAAACCGGCGCAUCAUGA